CUGCCCCGAACGCUCAACAUUUCUGUCGUCGUAAAUAAACUAUUUCGCCAAAAAAAGGCAUUCUGAUCUGAGAUUGAAACAGGGGCCACAACCUUACCAUGGAGGUGUGUGGCAGUGUGCUUACCAACUCCAAGUACGAGACGUUCCGGCUGAAGUGCAUCUACUGCACGAUAGAGAGCGAGCUGAAAGAUUGGGAGCUGUUCAUCGUCCAUGUGAAGACGGCCCACUACUGCGAGGAGGAGGACAUCAAGAACGUCGAAGUCACACACGAUUCCCCGGAGCUCUACUUAGCCGUCGAUGCCUCGGAACCGGCCAUAGCCUAUGGUCCGGAUGACUUCUUUGAGGUGAUCGAGAACAUCAAUGCAGAGGACCAAUGGAUGAUAACGGAUGGCAACGAUGAACAGUAUGUGGAAGACGCCACCGCUUGGUCGGAACCCACAGCUGAUUUCUCCGAGUACCAACCAGAUGGCAAUUCGUCUGAAGUCCCCACCACAAAUGAAACCACACAAAUGGACGACUCAUCCCAGAAUCACAUACCCUUAAACACAGAUGAAGAUGACGGCGAGUGCAGCGAUUUUUACAUGUCCGAGGAUGACUUAGCACCCAAAAGGAGACCUGGACGACCGCCCAGACGAACCAGGCCUGGACAGGUUUUCAAGUUUAAAGUGUCGUUUAUACGAAGCAACCCCCGUGUGCUGCACUUGAUUCAUGCUUAUAGAGAGCAUCCCUGCCUGUGGGAUCCCUCGGAUAAGAACUACGAAGACGAGUUGGCGCGAAAUCUUGCCUAUGAGGCAAUAAUGGUACGCAUGGAUAACAGGGCUAAUGUUCUCUUCACCUUGGAAGAACUAAAGAAAACCAUCGAGCAGCUGCACAUCCAGUACGCGCUCGCCUUGGAGACAAAAGAAAAGGGCAAGCUGGUGGGCCUUGCGGCUCGAUAUUUCGCCAAGUGCGAUUACCUCAGUGUGUCGCCCGUCGUAACCCCCAAGGAGAACGAGGAGGACGAGGAUUUGACUGUAAUUAAGCUUAACUUUAAGGAGGAAAACCUCAUCACCAGCUCAUUCAUAGAGACCUACGCCAACUAUCCCGGGCUCUACAACUCCGCGCUGUCGGACUUUACUUCGGUAGAGGCGCGCGCAAAUGCCUACAGACGGAUGGCCAAGGAAUUUCAGCCCGUUGUAAAGGCCAACGAGACGGACGUUUACAUUGCAGUUAACAAGCUGCGUCGCUGGCUGUACAAUGCUAUGCGGCGGCUUAAGUCCAAGGAGCUGAUUCAGAAGUGCACCCCGCAGGAGGUUCAGUAUCUGCGAAUGUGCAGCUUCCUGCCCGCCAAGGGUUCCGAGAGCCAGGUGCUGUACUGUGAUUACUGUGAGAAACGUUUCCACGGCGACUACAACCUGCGGGUGCACAUCUUUAAGGCGCACCAGGUGGGCGACCUGCCAUACCUCUGCUCCCUUUGUCCGAGGCGCUUCGACCGUCAGGUGGACAUGGACCGGCACAAGCUGCGCUCGCAUUUCGAACGAAAGCUAAGGUGCGAGUACUGCAACAAAAGCUUCGCCGUGGACAAUGACUUAAAGGUGCAUACGCUCAUCCACACAGGCGAGAGGCCGCACGUCUGCGACAUAUGCGGCAAGGCAUUCCGGCUCAAACUGCUCCUGGACCACCACGUCAAUGGCGUCCACCUAAACAUACGGCCCUACAGCUGCGAUAUGUGUAACAAGACCUUCCGCAAGAAGUUCGAGUUGGCCAACCAUAUCAAGGGCCAUUUGAAUAUCCGUGAUAAGAAGUGCGAGUACUGUGACGCCGCGUUCUACGAUCAUUCUUCGCUUUCCAGACAUCGCCGUGUUCAUAAGAUGGGAAUGAGUUGAGCAUCAGUUGAAUGCAUCGUUAAUCAUUUCAAAGCAUUCAGAGAUGGUUCGUGAAAUAAACAUUACCUACAAAUAUGUUUCAGGAAUUUCGACAUUUUUCAUAUAAGAUUUAUUUUAAAAUUUCCUUAUGCAUAUGUAUGUAUAACCUGAAGUAUCAUUUUUUAUAUCUUAAAAACAUUAAACAAGUGUUUAUUUACAUAAUGAAAAUAUGAUAAUCAUUAAUUUAAUUCAAA